CUGCUAGCCACUAUCCAUCUUUGAAUAACAAUUGUUCAUCACUGAACCAACGUACAUUGAUACGUCAAUCGAAAAACCUAUCUUGUAACUCAUUUAUUAAGUAUAGGUUUUAAAGAGAGCUAGAAUGAGAAUUGGUGCAACUAUGUGUAUGAAAUUUCUCAAAAUGCGUCUCCCUGCACAGUCAUUCAAGUCACUGAAUAGCCUGGUGACAAUACACUGAAGAAUAUCGAGAGAAAUGACUCGACUUAAAUUUUUCAAUGAAUGUCUCAAGUCAUGCCGUUUCUCACGUCAAUGCUUAAAAUCUUUACGCUCAUGUAAACUUUCGCCUUCGUUUAAAAAUCUUCAGCGCAUCACAUCUCAAAAAAGUUACUGGUUGAACGUUUGAGGGCAGAAACUAAUGUCUUCGAUGAAUUAGUCAACGACCUAAGUAUCAUAUGUGGCAUAAAAUUUGUCAACUUUAUCCAAGGUUUGCAAAGCAAAAUAUGCAAGAAUUUCCACGUAAUUUUGUCAGAGACUCUGAUCGUGUCGAAGGAACACUUAUGGUUUGGUUUUCCGGAAAAUUCCGAAAAUUUUCUCUGGAAUCUAUCAACAGUGAAGUUAAAACACAGAAACAAAAGCUUUGUCGCUUGAAUUUAAAUUUCAUAUCCUUAAAAUACAUACCGACGGAAUCGACACAGAAAUUCAAUUUGAGAAUUUAUUUGAUCAAAUUAAAGAGUUGCACCCAGUUAGUGAAGAGAAGAUAGGCUGGUUUAAAUAUAAACUAGUUGAUAUCGCAAACCAAUAUCUCGUUUCACCCAAAGACCACAUAAGGGCAUUACGAAAUAUUAAGCAAAAUGACUGCACUAAUCUUCGUUCCUGUUCUCUUUAAGGUAAUAAAGGGAACUAUGUGUAUGAAAGUACAGGUUUCAUGUACUAGAAUGAAACCACGACUAUAUACCUUGAGGUUUCAUAAUGUAUAUAUAAAUUUCAUCACAUUUUAACCAACUCAAUGGUAAUUAACAUAAGAACUUGUUAAGGUCUACAGUCCAAUUUAUUCUACCCCCAUCAUACAAGAUUGUGUAGUGAAUAAUUAAAAUAUCAAUUAAGAGUACACCAUCAAUAGAAUUUAGCAUUAUAUAUAACUGUUAAUCGACUGUUGACAAGUUUAAAGUGGUCAGGAGUAGUCGAUGUGUGCCUGAAUUUUCAUCAGUUGCGGCCCAAAUAGCAAGCAAUAACAUCUCUGAUCAUGAAACCAGAUGACACGAGACCGAUAUCACCAGAGAGUAGUAGUUCCCUCCAGAUUAUUUAUUUGAACACAUAAAUAUUGGUACAUAGGGGCACCAAAUACAUAUGCACCAUACAAGUCACCUGAUUUGUUUAUGGGCUGUGAUACUGCCCGGGUGCCCAAACUGAAGCAGGUGGUCUUCUUAGGGGGCCACACCAUCGAGCCCUCGACAUAAAGAUCUGAUUCACAAGGCAGUGGAGGAAAGUAAAGAGAUGCAGUACCAUGAUACCGAUGAUCAGUAAAAGGUUCAUACGUAAUUUUUUCCUCAGGAUCUUGGAGCCCAUAUGCAUCAAUGGUUUGGAAUCAGGAUUUUCCAACUCCCCUAGGUAAGUCCUCUAUAUCAACCAAACCGGUUAAAGCGCCGGACAUUCACU